UCUGGAUAAAGAGACUUUCUUAUUUGUUCAGAUGCAAUGGAACAAUCUAGAGAAUGUAAACAAUGAAAAUUUGUACUGUUCAUGCUUGCCGGAUGUGCCGUUUCCUUGAGAACAAGAAUCUGAGCUGCUAAACAUAGCUGCCAAAACCAGUGACGAACCAGCCUGCUUCAUUGGGUGCUAUCUCAACUCUGCAUGUUGCUGCUACUGUAAAGGUGUAGGUGGUACUGUCAGUGGUAAAGACUAUAUGGAAUAAUCCUCUAUUCAGCUGCUGAUCAGAUUUCUGAUGGAAGGAAAGGAUCUAGUCUUUCCGCCUUGACUUUCUUCCUCCCUCAUGGCUGUAAUUCAGUUUCCCUCCCCUAAUCCACCCCCUCACCUUUCUGACUAACGUUGUUGCAGCUGAGCAAGAUCAAAAGCUACUUAUAUUCAUUUGGAAAGGAGAGGGAUUUUAUCAACAGAACUCAUCCAGGUCUUGAAAAAUCUCUUGAUAAAUGGGAAACUACAAGAAGAUUUUCUGAGAUGGAGCCACAAUUGACCUGGGAACUCUCUUGCAAAUGGCAAGUACUGGGCUUAUUUUUAUUAUUCAACUGGGUGUUGAUUACAGAACAGAUCCGCUAUUCUGUUGUGGAGGAAUCAAAGCUGGGGACCAUGGUGGGAGAGGUGGCACAUGACCUGGGCUUAACACUGGCAGAUCUUUCAAGUCGUAGGCUUUGGCUGGGCUCUGAGGAAAGUAAGAGGUACUUUGCAAUUAACUUGGACAGUGGUGCUCUGAUGGUGAAUGAAAAGAUAGAUCGAGAGACUCUCUGUGGAGAUAGCUCACUGUGCAUCCUGCCUGUGCAAGUAGUAAUUGAAAAUCCCUUGGAACUCUUUCACCUGGAGGUAGAGAUUCUGGAUUUGAAUGACAAUUCACCCAAUUUCAUCACUCCCUGGCUUGUAUUGAGGGUGGCAGAAUCUGCUGCUACAGGAUCACAGUUCCCACUCAAGAGUGCAUAUGAUGCAGAUGUUGGGACCAAUGCAGUCAGUGCCUACCAGCUCAGUCCCAAUCCUCAUUUCAUACUUGAUACAAAGAAUGUGAAUGAUGGCAAGCUUUUACCUGAACUGGUGCUAGACCAGCCUUUGGAUAGAGAAAAGCAAUCAGAACAUCAGCUGAUUUUGACUGCCUAUGAUGGAGGGGACCCUGUCCUGUCAGGAACAAGUCAGCUCACCAUUGUGGUCCUUGACAAUAAUGAUAAUGAGCCAACAUUUGAUUUGCCUGUGUACAAGAUACAUUUCUUGGAAAACAUUCCUGUAGGCUCUUUAAUUUUUAAACUCAAUGCAACUGAUCCUGAUGCAGGUUCUAAUGGGGAAAUACAGUAUUUUUUUGGAAUCCAGACAUCAGAUUCCAUCCAGACAUUGUUUGGUUUAGAUCCCCAAACAGGUGAGAUCUAUAUUCAAGGAGUUGUGGAUUUCGAAGAAUCCCAAUUUUAUGAACUUCACAUAAGAGCCAGAGACAAGGGCAUACCACAGAUGGAAGGCCACUGUGUUAUCCAAAUAGAAGUUGAAGAUGAAAAUGAUCAUUGCCCAGAUAUUCUGCUUACCUCCUUGGUAAAUCCACUGCCAGAAAAUACACCUUUAGAAACAGUGGUGGGGCUUUUCAGUGUGCGAGAUCAAGAUUCAGGUGACAAUGGAAAAGUAAGCUUGCAAAUACCAACGAACUUACCCUUUAAAAUUAAAUCAUUUGAAAAUCAUUUUUCCUUAAUUGCACAUGCAAAGCUGGAUAGAGAAACAGUCUCUCAAUAUACUAUAAAGCUCACUGCCCAAGACUCAGGAAUUCCACCUCUAACUACAGAUUUGACUGUCUUGUUGAACAUUUCAGAUGUCAAUGAUAAUACACCAUCCUUCUCUCAGCAUUUCUACAACUCCUUCUUGAAAGAGAACAAUGCACCUGGCUCUCUGUUGUGCACUGUAUCUGCCUCUGAUCCUGAUGAGGGUGAUAAUUCCCGGCUCACUUACUCAGUGGCUGGAAAUCAGGUCCAAGAUGCUCUCCUUUCUUCUUUUAUUUAUAUCAACCCAGAUAAUGGGAAUAUAUAUGCCCAGCAUUCUUUUGAUUAUGAAAUGCUUCAAGUGUUGCAAAUCCUUGUUACUGUGCAGGAUGCUGGGACACCCAUACUAAGCUCCAGUGUUACUGUUCAUCUCUUCAUAUUGGAUCAGAAUGAUAAUGCUCCUGUUGUUUUGUAUCCAGUGACUGGCCAGCAAUUGUCAGCACUCCAGAGAAUCCCUCUGUUGGCACCAGUAGGUUAUGUCGUCACAAAAGUCACAGCAGUGGAUAUAGAUUCUGGUCAUAAUGCCUGGCUGUCCUACUCCUUACUCCCCCAAUCUACGAAUGCCUCCCUGUUUCAAAUGGCGCCAUACACUGGGGAAAUACGGACUGUUCGAAGCUUCCAAGAAACAGAUCUUCUUGCACAGAAAAUCCUUGUCCUUGUAAAGGAUCAUGGAAAGCCACCUUUGUCCACUACUGUUACAAUCUUGGUCUCACUAGAGGAAAAAGCAUCUGUGGAAAGUUCAGAGUCUCAUGAGUUCUUAAAUAAUCCCAAAGAAAAAUAUGAUUUGACACUGUAUCUGAUUAUAGCUCUGGUGGUGGUUAGCAUUGUCUCUCUCAUUACUUUAAUUGUCUUGUCUGCAAAAUGCUUUUGGAAAAGAAAAGACAAAGAUUUUUCUUACACCACGAACAAUGCUCCUAUCGAGGAUCUUUUCAAAUACUCCAGUCCUAAACUGCAACUCAACUCGAAUGGUACCCUGGAAAACGUGGAAGUGACACUGAGGGCUGCAGACUCCCAUAGCCAGCCCCAUAAAUCCAGGCAUUCUUCAGGGACAGACAGAAGUGAUUUCACCUUCAUGAGGCCUGUGUAUUCUCAGCCAAGUACCCUAACAAGGAAAGUUGAUCCUUUUUUGUCCCAUAUUAGUACGCUGAAUCAUCCAAAGCAGGGUUUUAAAGCUGAACUCUGUGCUAUAAAUAGCUCCUGUUUUGCAAUUUUUAGACCUUCCUGCUGUGGAUUUCUGAAAAUGCUCAGACCAGAAAAAACUGCUUGGCGUUUGGGAUUCUUACAUACCUUUGCUUUCUGUCUGUUUCUGAGUGACUGUUUUGCACAGAUCCGUUAUUCUGUCCCUGAGGAACUUACUCGGGGAGCCUUUGUAGGAAAUCUUGCUAAGGAUUUAGGAAUGGAUGUAACAAAGCUUGCAGCUGCCAAUCUGCAGGUGCUUUCCGAUUCCGACUUCCAGUAUUUCUCUGUGAAUGUGAACACUGGAAUCAUAAUAAUCAAUGACAGAAUAGACAGAGAGCAGCUUUGUGGCCAGAACCUGCGAUGUUUCUUGCAUCUUAAACUUGCUAUUGAAAACCCGGUGGAGUUCUAUCGCAUCGAAGUGGAGAUUCUGGAUAUCAACGACAAUGCUCCUGAAUUCUCAAGUAGCACAAUUGUUCUGCAGAUCUAUGAAUUGGCUGCCCUGGGUGCCCGUUUCCCUAUUCCACAUGCACAGGAUCCAGAUAUAGGAACAAAUACUUUGCAAACUUAUCACCUCAGCAUCAAUGAGAACUUCAGCCUUAAUGUGAAGGCACGCACCGAUGGCACCAAAUUCCCAGAACUAGUUCUGGAGAAAACAUUGGACAGAGAGCGAGUGGCUAUGCACAAUUUGAUCUUGACAGCUGAAGAUGGGGGCACAUUCCCCAGAUCUAGCACUGUGCAAAUUGCUGUCCAUGUUUUGGAUGCUAAUGAUAAUCAUCCAGUUUUUGACAAACCCACUUACAGUGUACGCUUGGUAGAAAACUCUCCUCCUGGGACACUGGUGAUUAAACUGAAUGCAACCGACUUUGAUGAAGGGUCUAAUGGACAGGUACGGUAUUCCCUCAGCAGUCAUAACUCUGAAGCUUUGUGCAGAAUAUUUGCUAUUGAUAAUAUCACAGGAGAAAUCCGCGUUCAAGGGACUCUUGAUUUUGAAGAGGCCAACAUAUAUGAAAUUGAAGUGGAAGCUAAGGACAUGGGUUCCCCUACCAUGGAACAGCAUUGCAGUGUUAUUGUAGAAGUGACAGAUGUCAAUGAUAAUGUCCCUGAAGUCAUUCUCACAUCUUUCUCCAGUUCCAUGAGUGAAGAUGCACCUCCUGGCACAGUAAUUGCUGUGAUACAUGUCAAAGAUAGAGACUCUGGGGAUCAAGGGAAAGUCCAGUGUGAUUUGUCAAAAAAUCUUCCUUUUAAACUUCGGAAGGAUUUUGAGCACCAGUAUUCCUUGCUCAUUGGUGAGCAACUGGAUCGUGAGAAUUCUUCUCAAUACAAUAUCACUAUCUGUGCCUUUGACUUAGGAAAUCCAUCUCUCUUGCAACAGACAUCUUUCUCCAUUACUCUGGCAGAUGUUAAUGAUAAUCCACCUCAGUUUGACAGGUCAUUUUAUGAGGUCAUCAUAGAAGAGAACAAUCCAGUAGGAGUGAUUCUCCUUAAGGUUUCUGCAACAGAUGCAGAUAAAGAUCAGAAUUCCCAGCUAUCUUACAUUGUUUUGUCCAGUCCAGGACAAGAACUGAUUGAAGAUCUCACUUCUUUCAUCUCCAUUAACCCAACAAAUGGGGAAGUUUUUGCAGAGAGCUCUUUUGAUUAUGAGUGUACCAAUCAUUUUCAGUUUCAGGUGGAAGCUUGUGAUGGUGGUUCUCCUUCUCUCUGCAACAGAGUUAUGGUGCACAUUUAUCUACUAGAUCAGAACGACAAUGCACCAAAGGUUCAGUUUCCUUUUACUGGAAAAGAUUCAGUUGUACAAUUCAGGAUCCCUCGAUCUACUAUGGCCAAAGCUUUAAUCACAAAAAUUAUUGCUGUGGACUUGGAUUCUGGGCAAAAUGCUUGGCUCUCUUAUCAUCUAAAACAAGCCACAGAUCUUAGUCUGUUUAGCAUAAGUCUUCACAGUGGGGAAAUGAGGACUCUGCGAAUAAUACAGGACCUAGACAAUCCUACCCAGGAACUAGUCAUAGUUGUCAAAGAUUCAGGAGAACUUUCCAUGUCUACCUCAGUUACUGUGAUCAUAUUCCUGGAAGAGAGCACUUCUGAAGUGUAUCUAGGGUUAAGUGCACACUCUGUGGAAAGUGAGAGACCGCCCACAUUGACUUUAUACCUUAUUAUCUGUUUGGCAGCAAUUUCUACUAUCAUGUUGAUUGCUUUGGUGGCCCUGGGAGCAAGAUGUCUUCACUGUAAUGCUCUUGCAACAUCUACUAUCUUUGGAUGCUGUGGAGGUAAAGCUAGUGGACUUGAAAAUGUCCCAGAUCACAUGACAGGACAUUAUCAUUAUCAGCUGAGCCCUGGAGAUGCCAUGAUUGGAGUACAGGUAGCCACUUCAGGACCUCCAGUCAAAGGAUACAGAUCUUGCUUUUCUCCUGUAUCAGAUAUCAGCGAGUUUGUGUUUAUGAAACCUAAUUUGACUCUUAGGGCAGCCUCUUGCAGCAAUCUAACUGAAGCCAGCUUCUUUCAUAAGAUUCACUAUUCCAUCCCAGAGGACCAGGAUCCAGGCUCUUACGUGGGGAAUAUUGCCAAGGAUCUGGGAGUGGAUGUGCGGACUCUGCGUGCUCGUCGCUUGCAGCUGGUCAGUGAGGGAAUGCGCCAAUACUUCCAAGUGAACCUGGCAGACGGCAUGUUACUCGUCAAUGAGAGGUUAGAUCGGGAAAUGCUGUGUAAAUCCAGCCCCAGGUGUUCUUUUCCUUUUCAGUUGGUGCUGGAGAAUCCAUUGCAACUUAACCGGGUGGAGGUGGAGAUUUUGGAUGUGAAUGACAAUGCCCCCCGAUUCCCAAAUGACACUGUUUCUUUAGAAAUCACUGAGGUUGCCAACCUAGGCACCCGAUUACGGCUGGAAGUUGCAGAAGAUCAAGACACUGGUUCCAAUUCCAUUGCAACCUAUGAGCUCAGUCCAAAUGAACAUUUUGCUUUGAGUAUCAAUAUCAGAGGAGAUGGGGUCAAAAUACCUGAAAUUGUAUUGGAAAAGCUUCUGGACAGGGAAAAAGCAGCUACCCAUCAUUUAAUCUUGACUGCCCUAGAUAGUGGAAAUCCUGUUCAGUCAGGCACUGUUCAGGUAACAGUCCAUGUUCUUGAUGCAAAUGAUAACCCCCCAGUGUGUGAACCACCUGUAUCAAAGGUUUAUUUGGAGGAAAAUAUCCAGGUGGGGACUAUUGUAACAAAACUCAAUGUUACUGACUUAGAUGAAGGACCUAAUGGAGAAGUUGAAUAUUUCUUUAAAUCCAGCAGCAGUGUACAGCUAAAACUCUUUGAUGUGUUUAGUCUGGACUCUCAAACGGGGGAAAUCAAGACAAAAGUUUUAUUGGAUUAUGAAGAAGCCAAUGCAUAUGAAAUAGCCAUCUACAUUAAAGACAAGGGAUCCCCUGCUAUGGAAGGUCAUUGCAAUAUUAGAGUAGAACUUGUUGAUGUUAAUGACAACAGUCCAGAGAUUAUGAUGACCACUCUUUCUAGCUCAGUACAAGAAGAUGCACCCAUAGGAACAGUCAUUGCACUUAUCCAAGCAAAGGACAAUGAUUCUGAGGAAAAUGGGCAAGUCCGCUUAGAGAUUCCAAGACGUGUACCAUUUAAAUUGGUGUCUUCAUUUAAAGGACAUUAUUCACUAGUGACUAAUGGCCCACUUGAUCGAGAGAAGACUGCUGGAUACAGUAUCACAAUUAAAGCAACAGAUUCUGGAAUACCUCAAAAGUCAACUGAGAAAAAUAUAUUAAUUCAAGUUUCAGAUAUCAAUGACAAUGCACCCACUUUCUCCAUCCCUUCCUACACUGCCCACGUAGAGGAAAAUACAUCUCCUGGAACUCUAGUCUUUUCUGUGUCGGCCUGUGAUCCAGAUGUAGGUGUCAAUUCCAAGCUAUCUUAUUCCAUUGUGGAUACCGGAAAUCACGGCUUGCCCAUCUCAACCUAUUUCCACAUCAAUCAAGAGAAUGGCAGUAUUUACACAUCCAGGGUUCUAGAUUAUGAGCAAGAAAAAGUAUUUCAAGUUUCAGUAGAGGUGAAAGAUUCAGGUUCCCCAUCGCUAAGCAGCACAAGCACUCUUCAUCUGUUCAUAGUGGAUCAAAAUGAUAAUGUACCUGUAAUUGUACACCCAGAAGUUCCCAAAGGUUCUUCCUUUCAUCAAUCACUUCUAAUCCCAGUGGAACCUGGAUAUCUGGUGACUAAAGUAGUGGCUGUGGAUGCUGACAGUGGCCAUAAUGCAUGGGUUUCGUACCAUUUGCUCCAUGAGACAAAUGAGGUGAAUGCUUUCAAAAUAGAAGACCACUCAGGAGAGAUCCGUGUCACUCGGACACUGAGGGAACCUGGGGUUUCUCACCGGUUGGUGGUAGAAGUUAAGGACAACGGGGUGCCAUCUCUUUCAGCAUCAUUGAUUCUAAUCAUCUCUUCAGAGGAUAAUGCUGCACAGGACUUUACCAAGUCUUUGGACCUUCUCCCCAAGUCACCCGCCAGGGCUCAAAAUUUAACUCUUUAUCUUAUCAUCUCUCUUGUGGCUAUCUCUCUAGUGUCUUGUGUAAUGAUGAUUAUUGUAGGAGCCAGAUGCUUCAAAUCUGGCUUCUGUAUCCCGAACUGGAUUAUAUCACACUGGUGUAGUAGGAGGACAGACCGGAAAUCUACCAUAAAUAUCAGUGGGUAUCCAAAUCCAGAAGGCUUUAUAAGAUACCUUGAAGUGAGUGGAGCUGGAGCUCAGAACUACAAGUCUUGUUUCUCCCCUAUGUCUGAGCAGGGAGAUUUCUUUUUUGUUAAACCUUUCAGUCAUUCCACUACAGCAGAAAGCAUUCUUGCCUUUGAACACACAGGCAGUGCUUUGCAGAAUCCCUCUGAUGCGCAAGCACAACCUAACACAGACUGGCGCUUUUCUCAGGCUCAGAGACCAGGAACUAGUGGAUCUCAGAAUGGAGAUGAAAACGGAACUUGGCCAAACAAUCAGUUUGAUACUGAAAUGCUUCAGGCUAUGAUUUUAGCAUCAGCAAAUGAAGCUGCUGCCGCCGCUGCAGCUAACCCAGAUGGAAAUUCUACUCUGGGAGGAGGAGCAACAGCAGGUACCAUGGGGCUCAGCGCCAGGUAUGGCCCCCAAUUCACCCUUCAGCAUGUUCCUGAUUAUAGACAGAACGUGUAUAUCCCUGGGAGCACUGCUACCCUCUCCAAUUCCACUAACAAACGUGAUGGAAAACCGGCAGCCUCUGGAGGAGGAAAUAAGAAGAAGUCAGGAAAGAAAGAGAAGAAGUAGGAUCCACAGGAUAACACAGCCACUUCCACGUAAAUCGAAAGGGCAGACUCUUCCAGCACUCCCCCAGUUCAUAGUCUAGGAUGGAAGAUGAAUGUGAAUUUGUGGUUAAACCUUUUUUUAAAAUAUGGAACAUUGUGAAUGUACAUUGUUGUUGUCAUCUAAGUUUAUGAGUAGAUGUACUGCUGUUAUUCAUGAAGAAAAAUAUCUGAAUAAUAACAAAUACAGUGUAUACUCUUUCGAGGACAAUGUAAUAUGCAAAGGUGAGAGAUCUUUGAAACAUUUUCUUUCCUGAAGAUCUACAUCACCAACAAAAUUUAGGAUGGGCUCUGCUCAUUGUAAAUAAUUAUUCUGAACAGAGUUUUUUAUUUAUAUAAGUUCCUCCAUUUUUACAAAAAUUCUCACUUUUCCAAAUUUUGAUAGAAGUUCUUGGGGGGAGGGUUAGACAUCAUUUCAGCUGGAAUCCUUAUUAUGAUAUUGAUAGGGAGUGCUUUAAUUCCUGCUUUAUUUUAAAAGAAAUGUGUAUCCUGUAUUAUUAUAAGAGUAUGAGAUUCAGCUACAUUUAUCUUUUUUACAAGUUUAACCAAUAAUGUCCAGGAAAAAAAAAUAAACUGAUAUUGUAAUUUCUGAGAAGCAAAAAGUGUAUUGCAAUGAGAAAAUUUUCAUGCACAGAACAUGUCAUAGAUAUAAGGAAGACAGAGAACACUGCCAUUCAUGAUUGAUUUACAGUUAUCUCUAAAGAGGCAACUCAUCUCAUCAUAGUAUAUGUAUACUAAAUGUUUUCUAGAAGAAGUUAAAGAAAAAAGUCAUUCACUUGUGAGCAUAGUGAACUACUGCUCAUAUCUUUGCUUGACUGCUGAGGGAGAUGUCUUUGUUAACUGGAUAAACUCUGCUGAUCUUAUAGGUAGAACCUUAAAAAUAGAAUGCUUCACAUUUUUCUGCACAUCAAACUGCAUGCAAAUCACUUCACAUUUACAGAACAGCUGACUUCACACCCAAGCUUGAAUUGGGAAAUUUAUUGCAUGACAUGAACAGCAUGCUAAUAUGCUCUCAAGUGCCCACAUCUGCACUGUCUGUGAGUAAAGUUCACAAACAAGAUGCAUUGCCCUUCCUCAGAGAGAUUGGGAAGCUUGUGUAUUUCAUUUCUCUGUGCAGUAUAGCCAAAAAAUAAGGUUGGUUUGUUGGUCUUCAGAAUUUGAUAUUAAAUAGAAAGUGGCUGAUUUGGGAAAGCUAAGGGACCAAGUCCAAUUAAUGUUUACUGGAGUAGAACUGGCCAAAUUGCAAAGCCAAUCACUUUAUUCCUGAAAUUUAUAAAUAUUAAACAAAUGACGUUGUAUUGAUACAAUCAGGAAAUUUGAGGGGCCUACCACUACCUCUUCUUGGAUAUGAAUAGACCUUAAAAUAUUAAAAAUGCAAUUUGUGUUACUAUGUUUUGAAAUGGUUGGAUUUACUCUUUUAACUGCAUCAUUCCAUAGUAUGGACAAAAAAUGAGGUUUCCUAACUCUGGCCCAUUUGAUAAAGUAAUGGCACUCUGAGUCAGGUGGGAAAUUGUAAUGUUACUUGGCAACAUUGGUUGUCUUUCUAGAUAUAUUGUAGGUUUUCUGUACUAUCUCAUGGUUUUUUUUAUUGCAACAAAAGAGCCAUAAGGAAUCAAAAGAGCAUAUUUCCAACAUGGAGGGUGAACCAUUAGUCCAAGAACAUUUUUUUCCUUGUAAUAAAUAGCUUUCUUGAAAUAGUCAGAACAGAUCAGUCUAAACAUAUGACAAGUUUCCCAAGUUGCCUCCCAAACUGAUUGGCUAUGUUUUUGUCACUGCUAAGAGCAUUUUAUGAACUAUUUGAUACUUUCCCUGUGUCUAGAAAGUAGGAUUUGUCUACAAGACAUUUUUGUCUACAUAUGGGUUUUAUAGUGAUCCCAAACGCUUCUCCAUCAACUUUUUCUUUGGUGACUGCACUAGAAACAGUUUACAUAGUUAGUGAAAUAGACAACAAAUUAGUGGGAUGUUCUGUAGCAUGAGCCACAUUUAAAUGAAUGAGAGCGCACAAUAGUCCUCCUGUCACACAGCUCCCAUUUAUCUCAAUGCAGUUUGUGCAGGUACACCUCUGCUGGGUUGUGCCUAAAGCUUCUUAUGUAAUUGAGUAGUUAACAUGUGACCUUUCCCAAAGUACUGUAGAUGAAUCUUAGUUAAUCUUGUUUAUUUUUUCAUCUACACCUGAAAAUACUGUAGUAGUGAGUAGUGAUGUGUGUUUUUUUAUUUGUUUAAUCUUAGUAAUUGAGUAGUGGACAUCAGUAUUUUAUAUUCUUUUGGAUCUUCUUCAUGUGUGUUCAUUGUGCUUUUAACUGUAUGUGAACUGAAACACACUUACUUGUCCCUUCAAUGUGUCUAAUAUUGAGCUAUACUUAUAUAUUAUAUAUAUAUGCUUAUAUCCUUCUUAUAUCCAUGUAACUGAUAUUGAUGUGUUAACACGCAAGUUUUAUACUCUAAUAUUUAUAUUGCUUUUUUCUUUCAGAAAAAUAAAAUCUUUUCUUCUGA